AUGGCCACCAACGAGGCUAUGGAGGAUGUGCAGAUGGGCACCAAGAGGCCUCCUAUUGACAUGGAAUCCUUGAAGCGCAAGAAGUUCAAGGCCGACGACCUUCCGAUCUCUGCUGCACAGCAUGCGGCAAUCGACAAACUGCUCCACUCGUUCAAGAAGAAAGGCGGGUUUGACAGCAUUCGGAAACAAAUAUGGGCUGAAUUCAACGAUGGGGAUCCAAAGACCAACUUCACGAAUCAAUUAAUCGCACUUGCGGAAUCAGAGAUCGAACGCGAGCCUGCGCAUCUUUCCCGUGAGAGAGGCAAAGCAGCGACACUUAUUGAGGGUGCUGUCGAUCGAAGUGAUGUCUACAAAAAUGUCGAGGAUUCCAUUGAUCAACUAGCGUCGAAGCAUCUUCAAAAUAUUCUUCACUCCGUGCGCGCAAUUCGCCGCAAAGAGAUUGGUGAAGCAGCCGCUUCGAAAGAGGAAGCCUCUGGCUGCAAAACAGAUGAGGACUAUGCAGCUUUCGUUAAAGUCAAACGCGACGAACGAGAGAGCAUUUGGCGAGAAGAAAUGCGCAAACAGAAAGAACUCGAGGACGAACAAAAGCGUAUCAAAGAAGAGGAGAAACGAAAGAAGCGUGAAUUGGAGCGACAAAAGGAAGAGGAGGAACGGAUCAGGAGGAAAGAGAUCGAUGACAAACGACGGGCUGAGCGUGAGCGCAUGCGUGAGGAACAAAGAGCACUUGACGAGCAGCGAGAUCGAGAACGAGAAGAGCGAUACGAACGACGGAGGCGAGAAGAUCGAGAUCGGUAUCGCGACUGGGAUAGAGAUCGUGAUCGAGAGCGUGAUCGUUACCGCGAUCGCUCCCCGGCAUAUCGGUCUGAUCGUGGACUGUCCCCUCGCAGUCGGGAUCCCAAACGAGAGAAAUCCACCACGUCCAAAGACCCAACCCCUGCACCCCUACUCCCUGCCGUGGAUGAAAAGUCACUGGAAGAAGCUGCGUUACAAAUGCUAUUGAAAGAAGGUGAAGAGCUUGCAGCCAAGGCUCGGCAAAAGCGCGAGUUCGAUUUUGAGGAGGCCGAAGCUAUCGAAAACGGCCUCAAACCGCCUUCCACUUCUGCGCCAGCUAAGAAUUCCACAGCCACCACCAGAGCUCCUAAGAUCGGAGCCGCAGCCGGAGCCGCUCUCAUCGACGAUACACAUCUCGCUAUGACCCUGAUCGUCGUCGCGAUCGCUCCCGAGAUGCGUCCGUUAGAUCUCGAGACCGGGGCAUGGAGGAGCGCCGUGGCUACCGCGAUUUCCGUGAUUUCCGCGAAGAACGCAGCUAUCGACCCGCCCGGCGCAGCCGUAGCCGGUCAGUUGUCAGAGGAGGACGGGAGAGAGACCGUGAUCGCGAGCGCGAGCGUGAAAGAGACCGCAGCGCUGAUAGGGACAGAGAGAGACUUCGAGAUCGAGACCGGGACCGUGAUCGUGAUCGAAAGCGAUCCAGAUCUCGCGACCGAGAUCAAGACCGGCGCCGCCUUGAUCGUAGCCGCGAUAGAAGUCGAGAUCGCGAUCGUGCUGGUGGUGACGAUUAUCGUCCUCGUCGAGCUCGACUUUCUCGGUCUCCUUCCCGUCGACGUUCACGCUCCCGAUCUCGCCGCCGAGACCGCAGCCGGGAGCGCCAUCGUUCACGUUCACGAUCUGCUGCCCCUAGACGGCGCUCUCGUUCCAAGUCGAACACGCGACGAAGGUCACGUUCUCGUCGCCGAACACCUCCACGGCGGGCUUCUCCUGGCUCCCUCGACAUCGACCGCUAUGUACCUGUGA